CACAAGGCUUCCGCUAUCAGUAUUUUCAUGCCAUCUAUUUUCUAUAUUUUUACCUUUUCAGGAAUUUCUUAUUAUUUUCAGAUAGCCUUUCCUUCGAAUUUGACUUUCUUUUCUUUCAUAAUGAAAACAAUAUUUCACGCAUGCGUUCUCCUCCUUUUGAUGACGUCUACUGACGCAUUAGCGCAGUAUCGACGAGUUUGCCGGAAUAACGAAAUAGAUGUCGGAAUUCGCAAGGCAUCAUGGGAAGACAUGGUCACCCAUGCUUGUAUCCCUGGUCCUUCAACAAAUAUUUGUGUUUCACGCGAUGCGACAAAUGGCUUCAACUGCACAGGAGACUUUCACUUACAAGGCGGAUUGCCAUUUCAGCGAAGUUUGUGCUGCAACCGAAUACGUCACCGCCUCGUCAGAUGUAAGAUUCCGGUACAGAUAUAUUCCUUCAGAGAUGGCUUCAAUAUUGUACUCGGGAUUCAAGUUAUCAGAAGUGUGAUUCCGUAUCCAACCUCGAGUGAUAUUACGACAUUUCGUAUUGAAAUUUGUAAUCUUCUACCAACAACAUAUGGUCACAACUGACAGAAAUAGAAGUAACCAGCUGAUACCACUAUAUAAAUGUACCAGUAAUCAGCUGAACACCGGAAAUAGAAGUAAACACCGGAAAUAGAAGUAAACAGUGGACAACUGAAGAACCGGAAAAGU